UCCGCUCUGCUUUACGGCAGAUAAUAAGCAAGUGUGGAGUGAAUUGAGUAAUGGCAGGAACAGACACGAGAUAGUCCACGAACUUGACAUUAUUCCUACAUUUAUCAGGUACCGGCAGCCGGACAGACGUCUGUCUUUGUCGUCGUUCGCUGUGAGAGGCUGAUUCCGACCCCGUUUUUCUGUCAUCAUAGUAACUGUAUGCAGUGGAAUGGCUGAAGUGCCGCCAGGGCCUAACGCACUGCCUUCAUCCCCGAGCGCGAUCACACCACUGCCCGUGGACGGCUGCACCUUACUGGGCAACGAUGAGGGACGGGACAUCAUCAGCCCCGGCCAGGGACACCAGUACGCCAGCGACCAUAAGGCGAUUGUCAAAUCCAACCAGAACAACGUGCACCCCAAUGCAUCAGCCGCCCAGUUCCACACAGCCCAGCUGAACGGGGUCCAGUGCAACCACACUCACCUCCAGAACCACGUCCAACAACACCGGCCGUCCGACAAUCAAAACGCCGCUUCUGAUCAUCACUUGGACGGGAUCGGUGAAACACACGGCGAUCACACGGAAAACAACAAUUUAACGAGAAAUAAACGAUGUAGUGAUGUAUCGCAGAGCCAAUCGCCGCCGAACAACGGGAUAAACUGCACUGAUAGUAUGGCCAUAACGGAGAGCAGAUCUUGUCGAUUGGAAAAUGAUGUAAGUAACAGGACCUGUUCGGUGGAUCCGGCUCGAGCGGCUGCGGCGGCGCUGAUGGACGGGGCUGAGUCAGGCCUGGGCCCGCAGGGCGCUGGAGUAGAGCAGGCGGCGGCUGACAGCGCUCCGGUGACGGAGAUGUCGAGACUAGCGCUGGAGGAGCACGACGAGUCCAUCCGAUACGUGAGAUACGAGUCUGAGCUCCAGAUGCCCGAUAUAAUCCGACUCAUAACUAAAGACUUAUCUGAGCCCUACUCUAUAUAUACCUAUAGGUACUUUAUUCACAACUGGCCUCAGCUCUGCUUUCUGGCGAUGGUUGACAAGGACUGUGUUGGUGCCAUUGUGUGUAAGCUAGACAUGCAUAAGAAGAUGUUCCGUCGAGGAUACAUCGCCAUGCUCGCCGUGGACUCCAAAUUCCGCAGGAAAGGCAUCGGCACUAACCUUGUGAAAAAGGCCAUUUAUGCUAUGGUGGAGGGGGAUUGUGAUGAGGUGGUGCUAGAGACGGAAAUCACCAACAAAUCAGCUCUGAAACUCUAUGAGAACCUGGGCUUUGUCAGGGACAAGCGGCUGUUUAGAUAUUAUUUAAACGGAGUGGAUGCACUUCGGCUUAAACUCUGGCUUCGCUAAAUCAAACUACGGGGUCCCUCAACUCUUUCUCCAUCCCUUUUGGCCCAUUUCCUCCGCCCCAGUCCUUUGGCUCAGAUCACCUGACUUCCCAUCAAUAGAAAGACACUCGACCUCUGCUGAGCCACAAAGGGGAAACUCUGAGGGAAAUUUCAACCAAUCAUAAUAAAGUGUUUUAAGAACUUUUUGUGUAAACAAAAGAGAGGUCAUUGCAAAAAAGAAAAGAAAAAGAUGUGCAAAGUCGGGUACUAAUAGGACAUUGACACCACGUGGUGGCUUCUAUGUUCAGGUGUCAAUAGCCUGGCUUAAGACCUCCUCCGUGUAUUUGCGUCAGGCAGUGGAGACGGAUGGGCUGAAUGUGUCGACGGCAUUGGCGAAAUGAAUCGUGCCGAAAGCAAACAGUGCGCCACGCUCUGUUUUUUUUUUUUUUUUUCUUUGUUUGUUUUUUAUGAACAAUCACAAAGCGAAGGAUGAAAAUGUGUUUAAACCGACUCAACGAAACUACUCAAAUCAAUUUUUGUUUUACAAUUUUUUUUUUUUUCUUCUGAAAGAGGGUGCACGGGAGCAUUGCAGGUUGCGAUUGUGCCUGCUACUUUGCGUUGUUUUUGUGCGUACGGGGGUCUGUGGUUUAUUUUAUGUGUUUAUUUUAUGUUUUGGAGAACGCUGAGCAGAGCCUUGUCUUCUUUAGAAGUUUGAUCUACGACAGACUAACAUAUACAGAAACACUUUAACCUGAGUGCAGACCGCAUCUCUGCUCUUUUAAGUUGGUCAUAUUAGCUCACAUUAUGCCAUAUUGGUUUAUGUGGCUUGUGAUUCUGACACAAGUGUUUUGUACAACUAAAUUAAAAUGAAUGAAAAUUAAUUACUAAAUGGGCCUGAAAGGAGAGUAUUCCCUGUUUUUUCAGUACUUUUUACCAUAGUCUUCAUCAUAGAUACUCCCUUUCCAUAUCUGAUACGAUGUUUGGAUAUUCAGAGAAAAGAACCUCUAACAGACGCACUUCUCAUUUUUGCACUGAUUAGAUAGGGAAUUUGUACUCCUUGUAGUUCCCUUGUCCGCCACUGCUUUAGUGGACCAGUAGGGGACAGACUACAGAUCUCACCAGCUCAGUUGCUCCAUUGGACUCAUGCAAAUAGUUGCUUUAACAGAUUGAUUAUAUGCAAGAUGACAUUGUUUAGAGGUGUUUUUAAAAUUAAAUUGAGGAAAUUUCCAGAGGUUCUUGUUUUUAUCGGUUUGUGUUUAACAGUAGUGUGCUGUGGCAGGUUGUACCAUCACCCACGUUGUAUGUAAGUGUUUCUGUGUCAUUGCCAAUAGACCCCCAUUUUGCUUUGCUGCUGGCUCAUGAGUUGUUCUUGAAAAAAAAACCUUUGUUUUUUCAAGUUUGGAGUGGGAAACAAUUUCUUUGAUUUGCUAAAUGUACAUAUGGAAGUUUGAUUUGUUGUUUUUGAUUGUCAUCGGAAAAGUUCCCCAAAGAGCUGCUGCUCUCAACUGUCGAGAAGAUGGAUGGGUUGCUUUAUAAAUUUGCGCUGAAAUACACUGAUAUUGCUGAUGGAUUUAUGGGAAGAGGAAUUUAUGCAUCUUUUGGUUGUUUUCUGUUUAAUUGCGUUUUUUUUUAAGCCCAAAUUGUAGUACAUCUCCCAGAAAUGUAACAGUCCCAUCAAUCCCCUAUGUCAGUAAGGCUCAGGUGUUUGGUUUCUACUCAGUUCUCCGGGGCUCUUUUCAAGGACCCAGUGGUUAUUAACAGCCAACUUGACUUUGAUUCCUUUUGAUUUGUGUGGACAGUCAAUGAUGAAAUGGAAAUUUGAGAGCCUUUGAGUAGUUUUCGUCCAUACAGACCAUCUAAGUCAGUCUUUAGAUGGCAGAUGUGAAUUUAGCUUGAGAUACAGGGAUUGUUCACAUCAUUUACUCAUCCUCAUGUCUUCUGUAGAAUAUACUAGAAGACAUUUUGAAAAGCUGUUGGGGUCAAAAGAACAUUGGAACCCACUGACUGGACAAAAAUGGUUGAAGCGUUCUUCAAAAUAUGUUUUUGUGUUCUGCAGAAGAAAAAGUCAUGUUUGGAACGAGAUGAGGGUGAGUAAAUGAAGACUUUAAAUUCAAAGCUUCUCACAAGAUGCCAACUUUAACAGACAAUAAUGCAUUUCUGGCUAUUGAGUGUUGCCAUUCUAUACUGCCCAUAUUUUCAUAUUGGAGAAAUACUUAUUGUUUGAAACUGUGGUUGGCACGAUGAUGAUUCUUUGCACUGCCAAUUUCUGACUUUUGUGGUUUAUUACUGUAUGCUGUCCAUCAAAGGUUAGGCCAUUAACAGCUUUAGACCGAACAGCUGGCAGGUUCUAGCUGGGUAAGAUCACAUAUUGUGAUGAUGUGGACACUAAUCUGACUGGCUUCUGUUUUUGGGGAAUCAUUCAUUGAUGGGACUAAUUUUGAAUCUGCACUUGUGGCUAAAUAUCACCCUUGUAAACGGUGGAGUUUAUGUUGUAGUUAGUGUAACUCUUGUACUUUCAGCUGAUGAUUUGGACGAGUGAGAUCUGCACCUCAAACAUGGAUCCAUUUUGUUGGGUGAAGAGCGACCGUUUGCAUGUUGAUGAAAAUUUUCUCCACCCUUCUUUCUCCCACUUUCACCCCUGACAAAAUGUCUUGCAAAAGUUUCUUUGUUUUCAAGUGGACAACAGACCUGGUUUAAAAAUUAUAAAUAAAUUAUUUGAUUUUUAAGCAAA